AUGACCGAUUUCACUCCAACCAGGCUUCCACCAACUAAUCAAACUGAUCCCCACUCCGACCAAGCUGAACCACCCCCGCCCACAUUCACAAUCCACAGAAACUCCGAAAAUCCAUCUGGUCCUCACCAAAUUGAAAUUUUAAAAUCAGAUGCCAAUUCGAGUAGAUGGCCAAGCGUAGGAUCGGUCAUAGACUCAAAAGGCGCUACAUGUCAGUGGGCAAUCUCCUCGGAUAAGUCAAAAUCGAGAUGGUUGUCUUCUUUGGGAAAGGGUUUUGCCGAUAUCCUAGGAUUGGCUAAAAACAGUCAAAAGGAAGAUUGGAGCCUCAAAGAUUUUCCCACUGAUUAUCGACUUUAUACGUAUAUCAAAGGAACAAGGGAAGACCAAUAUCUAUUUGGUUCACCUCAUGUAUACAAGUUCCGCACCGCCAAUGAAUUCCUGCCUCAUCUUCAGUGGCUCCUCUUGCAUAAAACGAUGGAUUGUCUGUGCAAAUAUUGCUCAGGUGCCAAGAAUCAAUUCGAAGUCAACGCUGCGUUAGGCUUACCCAACUCGGUGACCAAAGGCAAACCCGACACAAGUCAAGCUAAUGACCGUCCCAAGCGCCCGAAACGAUCUCAUUCUCCAGCUGGAAGCAACCAAGUCAACUCGACUUACAAGUUCCAGGGACCGUAUCUCAACGAAGCAUUGAACCGCGAUCUUCUGGAAAACCGCUCGAAUUUCCGAAAAUACGAGUUAGUUUGGUGUCUGGUUACCGAUCUAAUGCUUGGAGCCAGUCCAGAGCUCUCUCGCAACAGUCGGGAACUCGGCAUCAAAUACUGGCCAGGCUUAUGCGAGGAGCCGACUUUGUGCAAUGAAAGCAGAGCAUUCAUUUCGAUUCUAGAUGAUGAACACGAUCGUAGUGAAGGGCCAAGUGGAUCUCGAAACCCAUCAAAGCGAAAGCUUGACCAAGUUCAGACCUCACUCUCAAAACCUGCUUCAAAUGAAUUCCAAAAUCAGCAAAGAUUCAAGUGGAAUAUCCGACUCCUUGGCCUCUCUGAUAUUGUAAUCCGUGAAGAAAGUCAAAUUUUGCCCUGGCUGUUCAAAACCGCUGAUUUGAAGCACAAAUUCGGCAUGAACAAAAAACACGGAUUAAAACUACCCCAACACAUUCAGAACAGACACUCCAAGCGACCGACACUUGAUAGCUUCACCAGCGUGGAUGAAACUCUUGUCGCGUUUCAGCUAGCUAUACAGAUUGCGGCCAAUCUCGAAGAGUUUUGGGUUGCCCACGAUCGAUACGAUGCUUUUCCAGACCCGGAGACUGAAGAGAAAUCCAGCGGCUCCUACCGCGUGAACCAAGAGGGAACCGGUUCAGAUUCACCCCAAAUGUGGUUUCAGGGAAUCUGGUGGGGAGCAGAACAGAUUUGGCUAUACGAUUUGGUACGCUUGAACGAUUUUAAGCUGGGACCACAUUCACCCUCGAAAGCAAAACCUCCACCACAGAGCCCAGAAAAUUCCUCAUCGACCAACAAGCCGAGUGAAGAUUGCUACUUUUUGAAAAUCGAAGGAAUCUAUCGAGAUGAACUAGGCAAGAAACUUAUUGUGAUGGGAAAGAUCUUCGAUUUGGUUCCUACACAAAAAAGCCCGACUCUUCCACCCUCGUCAUCACCCCCGUUGAAUAAAGAAAAACGGCGAUGCAACCAAUCGAAGAAAUGGAUGCCGGAUCCACCCGUGGGAUACAAAUUCAGGCAGCUCACAAAGUCGAAGGAAAUGAAUCAUCUACAUGUUGAAUGCAUCGCCGGCAGAUACUACUCACCCACACGGAAAAAUCUAUCGGAUAAACUGUUGGAGAUUUGUCGAAGAUUAAUCCCCAAACUCUCUCAAGAACAUGAACAAGCUCCCCAUCAUCCCCAUCAUCCCCAUCAUCAAGCCUUGGUUUCACAAAACGCGAGUUUGUUUGGACUUACGCCUGGGCAGAAAAAUUUCAUGAGAUGUCGGAAAUGGAAGCCCAGUAGAACUGAUUGCAUCGUUGAAGCGGAAGCGGAAGCUGAGCAACAAUUAAUUUCGGCAUGCGAGAAAAUCAAGUCAACUAGGCUAAACAGGAGCGUCAGCCAUACUGACGAGAAUCAGUUCACCGCCAAAACUCAGGUCAACGUCAGCAACGGCCAUCAUAAAGCUAACGGCGCCGAUCGCGAACGUAGAGGCAAUCAAACAGAACAGGGCCGAAUUGUCAUCAUUGAACUUGAUCCUUGA